CUGACUGGUGGCACUGACUGGCUGCACUGCUGGGCUGCACUGGUGGGCAGCACUGGUGGGUGGCACUGGUGGGCACAGGUGGGUGGGCACAGGUGGGUGGCACUGCUGGGCACAGGUAGGUGGCACUUCUGGGCACAGGUGGGCGGAACUUGCGGGUGGCACUGCUGGGCACCGAUCAUCAGGGCACUGAUCAUCAGUGCCCUGAUGAUCGGUGCCGAUCCCCGCUCUGACAACUGCCGGUUCUCGGCAGUACUUUCCUCACAAUCUGACAGCGUGAGGAAAGUGCAGCCGAGAACCGGCACUUGC